CACCUGUGUGCAGGUGAGCCAAGUGUAUAAAGGAGUCUUUCUCCUGGUGCAAACAGACUCCAACAGAUUCACACACUGAGAUCUUUGUCACAAACUGCUGGAUUUCCUGCAGGAAGAUGGAGACGCCCGCACUCUGCAUCGUUCUCAUGUUUGUCUCCUCAGCAUUGGUUCUGACUGUCCAGACAACCGCCUCGGUCACCAGCAGUCAGAAUGUUUCAGCACAAUCUGUGCUAAUCCUAAUGAAUAAAACCAGUACCAGCAACAGCUCAAUAUCUCCUCAACCCAACACCAACUCCACAUCUGUCACCAGUAACACCACGGCAGCUACAUCUGGAGUCUCCAAUACAACUGUGGACAGCAACACAACAAUGCUGAGUGUAACAAUCAGUACCACUGCUCUAAACAACAAUGGUUCUAUUGGGACUACAGAUUCACAAGGUACCACAGCAUAUGGAACCAACAUGACACAGGACACAAGCAACACCACCAACUCACCCGCUUCUGUUUCGCCAAACAAUCCAGACACAAACCAGAGUACAACCCUCCCCUCUCCAGCAAACUCAACAUCAAACAUGAAUGCGACUGUUACCUUGAACACAAACUCAACCACAACAUCCAACACAAACCAAACAUCUCCCAGCAACAAUGUGACAGUUACCACAAAUGUGAACCCAACUGCUUCCCCAAACACAAACCCAACAUUGACCGGGAACUCAGCCACCUCCUCAAACCCAACAACGAGCCCUAAAACCAGUCCGAUUGUUCCUGCGACCAGCAACAGCAGUGGGGGGGUUCCUGGAUGGGGCAUAGCUCUGCUGGUUCUAGCUGCAGUGGUUCUGCUGCUGCUCCUCCUGAUGCUAAUCACUCUGCUGGUGUGGUUCUGCUGCUGCAGGCGCAGAAGCAGCUUCAGUCCCUACACGCACCUGAACCACACAGACAACAUCCCGAUGUACACCACCCACAGCCGGUUCUUUGUGACCAAUGGCAAAGAUCAGGAAGACCUGGGGAAGUCCAUGAACCAGCAGUCAGGGUCAUAUGCCGUCGUGCAGUAAACAAGCCAUCCAGCAGAGAGGACACGUCACAUUACAACAGUUCUAUGUGUAACAGUUUUUUUGUUGUUUUUUUGUCAUUUUUGGAUUUUUUUAUGUAUGUAUCACAUUACUAGGUCCUACUGACUUUUUAUUUCUUGUCUGUAAAGAACUGCGGGACUUUGUUGAAAAAAACUAUAAAACUAAUUCUAAGAUUUAGGAAUUAUUUUGAUUUAUGUGUCUAUUUUCUUGAAGAUGGAUAAAAACUACUAUUUCUAGUCAUAUCCCUCCAUCCAAUGUCUAUAGUCAUUUGUCCUUGCAGGGUCACAGGGAACUACUAAUUAUAAAUACACUACUGGUAAAAAGUUUUAGAACCCCUUUCUCAUUUAGUGGUUUUCUUUAUGUUUAUGACUAUUUACA